AUGCAAACAUUACAUAAAGCACGAUUUGAAUGGUUAUAUAAAUUAGCUAUGAGCGAUGAGGAAUCAGAUGAUGAAGAUUCCAUUGUUAGUUCGCCAUAUACACCAUCUCAAAAGUCAUCCGGUAGUGAAGUUAAUAGUGCUAAAGAGCAAAAAAGAAUGGUAUUGAACAAAUUUCUCCAGUUGAGUGGAAUUAAAUCGAAGGUACGGAUAACACGUUCGUAUAGA